GACAUCGUGUUUGCAUAAGCUUAUUCAUGAUUGGCCUAAAAUCGUUUAUCAUCAGUUGCAUUUUAGCCGGUCAUGUUUUUGGUUGAAGAUAAGCCGCGUAUUGUAGUACUGAAAUAUCUCGCUUUUCACUCCAUGGCAAGUAUGAGAGGCAAAGAUAGGCGUCGCAAGGGCUGGAGGUCCAGCAAGGGCACCAGUUUGAUUCCACAGACAAAACAACGCACAACAUCAAACGUGUUCUCAAUGUUCGACCAAACUCAAAUACACGAAUUGAAAGAAGUGUUCAAUUUUAUCGAUCAAAACUGUGACGGAUUUAUAGACAAAGAUGACCUUUACGAGACGAUGCAAGCUUUUGGAGAGAUGGGAGUCACAGAGGAAUACUUGGAACAAAUGAUCAACGAGUCGCCGUCUUAUAUCAAUCUGACAAUGUUUCUCACCCUUUUCGGAAGCAAAUUGAACGGAACAGAUCCGGACGAGAUAUUUGAAAGCGCGUUUCGUUGUUUGGACGCGGAUGGGACCGGUCGAAUCCAUGUCGGAAUGUUGAAGAGAUUGCUAACAGAAACUGGAGAUAAGUAAGGAAACAUUAGCUACGUUUCCACUUGUACCAGAUAGGUUUCCGUAGCGGCGCGAAAAAGCACCUAUCCGAUACGGAAUGUACAACUUUCAGAAGCUGAGCGAAACAACAUCUCUCCGUUGCAAUAAUUCCUCUGAAAAUUGCGUUCCUAAAAGGUACGGAUAGUUGUUUUUACGUCGCUACGGAAAGCUAUCUGGGAACAGUGUAAACACAGUCAUCAUGAGCUUCGUUCACAUGAGAUUGGACGAAUUCUGAAGUGAUCUGAUCCACAUUCCCGUGCGAUUCCAUUUCUUCACACGGGAAUUCGUACAGUUAGCUGCUUCGAAUUCGUUUCACUGUGUCCCGUGUCAGUUCGAAGGCGUGGGAAUUUCAGUUCAGUUUUGAAUUCGUUCCGUGUCUGAACGAAGCCUCAGUCUGUCAAAGUGUGAUAUAUUUGCAUUUCUUUUGUUUCAUUUGAUGUCGUGUUGUUUCUCUUUUACUUGGUGGUGCUUUUGUCUGUUUGUAUUGAGCUAGUGAGCCAGUUGAAACUAGAAGUUAUAUUGUACCAUCGCAAUUAAAAUCGCAAGGUAAACACUUGGUCCCGCUUGAAACAGGAUUUGGUAGUAGUCUUCAAUAAGCUCCCACAUAUCUGAACUACGUAAAAAUGAAAAACACUUGGUCGUACAGAACGAAGACAAAAUGUCAGGAGGAUAUUGCCGUUACCUAACCGUAACGAAUGACUUUCUAAAAACCUUGAUGUGUUUUCAAUCUUUCUUAGGUAGAUCUAUGAUCUAGACAUUUUAUAUUGAGACAACGUUAUCUUUAUACCUGCAGUGCAUGUUGCUAAAUCGAUUUUCAACGCUAUCUCAAUCAAUUAUCGUUACUUCUUAAUCAUUAAUUAAUUAAUUAAUGAUUGUUCCAGGUUUACUGAAGACGAGAUCGCAUCAAUGUUACAAAAUGUGAAAUUGGAUGAUGAUGGAUCUUUCGAUUACGUCGAUUUUAUCAAGGUUAUCAAAUCGGGAAGAACAGAAUGAUUAAUGAGGGCGUGUCUCAUUUCUUGAUGGCUCCAGAUAACACAGACUCAGAUUAGAAAUACGCAGAUUACAAAUGUAUGACUGUGUGACAUGGAUGAUACGAAUGACGUCGGGGGCAAACCAACUGCACACGUAAAAAUCUCACAACUUGUCAACAAGAUAUGUUCGCAACCAAUGGUUCGCAACAAGCUUGUCACAAGUUGUCACAAGUUGUAACAAUGCUGUCAUUUCAUCAAGUUGCUACAAAGUUGUCACUCACAACUUGUUGACAAAUUGUUGAAUUGCAGGACGAUAACAAGUUGGAACAACUUCUAACAACUCUGUUGAGCUCAACAACCUUGUAGCAGGUUGCCAACAAGCCGUUGACAACUUGUCAACAAGCUGGGAACAAGCAGCGCGAACACAUCCUGUUGACAAGUUGUUGGAACAGCAUUGCUACAAGUCUGCUGCAGAUUUGUUACAACUGAUUUACGUAUGUAUGAGAAGUGCUUUUGUGUGGAACCUCUGUAACAUGGAAUUAGGAAGAAUUGCUUUCAGUAAAAGCGUCUGUGGAUUGUUCAAAUUCAGGUUGCUAUUUAUUCUGUGAAGACAUACUUUAAUUUAUGAAUUUUUAUUUAUUAUAAGUCUAUAUAUAUUUCAAAUAGUG